AUGGAGGCCCUGAAGGACAAGGACUAUGGGAAGCCUCGCAUGAAGUAUGGGGACUUCACGACCACCAGCAGCGGCCUGCAGUACCUGGAUCUCAAGCCAGGGGAGGGGGCGCAGCCGCAGAAGGGGCAGACUGUCGUGGUCGACUGGAGCGGGUACACCAUAG